AUGGCGGACCGAGACAGCGGCAGCGAGCAGGGUGGUGCGGCGCUGGGCUCGGGCGGCUCCCUGGGGCACCCGGGCUCGGGCUCAGGCUCCGGCGGGGGCGGUGGUGGCGGCGGGGGCGGCGGCGGCAGUGGCGGCGGCGGCGGCGGCGGCGGGGCCCCGGGGGGGCUGCAGCACGAGACGCAGGAGCUGGCCUCCAAGCGAGUGGACAUCCAGAACAAGCGCUUCUACCUGGACGUGAAGCAGAACGCCAAGGGCCGCUUCCUGAAGAUCGCAGAGGUGGGCGCGGGUGGCAACAAGAGCCGCCUCACUCUCUCCAUGUCAGUGGCCGUGGAGUUCCGCGACUACCUGGGCGACUUCAUCGAGCACUACGCGCAGCUGGGCCCCAGCCAGCCGCCCGACCUGGCCCAGGCACAGGACGAGCCGCGCCGGGCGCUCAAGAGCGAGUUCCUGGUGCGCGAGAACCGCAAGUACUACAUGGAUCUCAAGGAGAACCAGCGCGGCCGUUUCCUGCGCAUCCGCCAGACGGUCAACCGGGGGCCCGGCCUGGGCUCCACGCAGGGCCAGACCAUUGCGCUGCCCGCGCAGGGGCUCAUCGAGUUCCGUGACGCUCUGGCCAAGCUCAUCGACGACUACGGAGUGGAGGAGGAGCCGGCCGAGCUGCCCGAGGGCACCUCCUUGACUGUGGACAACAAGCGCUUCUUCUUCGAUGUGGGCUCCAACAAGUACGGCGUGUUUAUGCGAGUGAGCGAGGUGAAGCCCACCUACCGCAACUCCAUCACCGUGCCCUACAAGGUGUGGGCCAAGUUCGGACACACCUUCUGCAAGUACUCGGAGGAGAUGAAGAAGAUUCAAGAGAAGCAGAGGGAGAAGCGGGCUGCCUGUGAGCAGCUCCACCAGCAGCAGCAGCAGCAGCAGGAGGAGACCGCCGCUGCCACCCUGCUACUGCAGGGUGAGGAAGAAGGGGAAGAAGAUUGAUCAAACUGAAUGGAAACCCCUCCCCAUACACACAUGCAUACACAUAGACACACACACACACACACGUACAGCCACACACAGAGAACAUAUACUGUAAAGAAAGAGAAUAAAGUUUAAAAGUUAAAAAAAAAAAAA